AUGUCGCUGCUCGUUCUGCUGCUGAUCGGCGCGGCCCUUGCGGUAUCCGUUAGCAGCAGCCCUGUAAUAACCAAGGCGCCUCAACCGCGACUUUCAUUCGGGCCACCCAAGUCACCUGCACCUGGGCCUCCUUCUCCCAAGCCACCAUCACCUAGGGCAUUUCCAAGACCAGAAAUAGCAGCUCCCCCGCCACCGCCACCACGACCAUCACUACCGUCACCACGACCGCCACCACUGCAGCCAUCGCCACGACCGCCUUCGCCACCCUCGGUGUCUCCAUCAACCCCCUCAAUCUGCGCUGAUCGGGAGCCACUGGCGAGCUCCUGUGCCACCUGGAAAGCCAGCGGCUACUGUGCCCCCGUGUACUUCGCUAGAGACCAGUCCAUAGUUGACUACUGGUGCCGCAAGACGUCGUGCUUCUCGAGCGCUAGGACGAGCAAGCUGUAUCGACUUAUUUUGGCUACUAGCAAUGAUAUUAUGGUACAUCUCAGAUGCGUCGACCAGUUGUCGUACUGCGUGGAAUGGAAACUCAGCGGCUAUUGCAAUCCCAAGUACUUCUCUGGCGGCUUGCCCGUCCGUGACUACUGGUGCCGCCUGACGUGUGGAGUCUGCACCGCAUGCGUCGACCAGUUGUCGUACUGCGCGGAAUUGAAAAACAGCGGCUAUUGCGAUCCCGCGUACAACCCUGGCGGCUUGUCCGUCCGUGACUACUUGUGCCGCCCGACGUGUGGAGUCUGCACCGCGCCUCCUAAUGCACCAUUUCCACCGCCCCUUCCCGGAGAUGCCCUAAUCGGCGGCUGUGCCGACCCUGCCGCCGCCUUGCUGCUGCACAACCAGUACCGUGCACGGCACGGGUCGCCGGCCCUGGGCUGGGACAACACCCUCGCGCAGCAAGCAAAGAACUGGGCCGCCAACCUGGCGCUAAAAAGCAGCUGCCGUUUGUACUAUGAAGGAGUUAGCAAUGAGAAUUUGUACGUGACGUCGACCUCAAGCCAGACAUCGCCCCUCAAUUGCAGUAUGGCAGUGAAAGAAUGGUACGACCAAAUUUUGCUGUACAAGUUCACAAGCACACCGUACACCGACAACAAAAAUCAAUCCUCGAGAAUUGGGGACUUCAUUCAAGUCGUGUGGGCUUCGGCGGUGCAAGUUGGCUGUGGUGCAGCGCGGGGCACGAACUGUUAUGUGGUUAGUUGCCGGUAUGCACCUCUGGUAAAAAUUCUUGGAGAUAUCUCCCUUCUGGCGAACGUCUUUCCCCCCGUCACCACCCGCCGAUCACUUGAGGGGUAUGUGGCCGCUGUUGACGACGUGCUGCCAACCAGCGGUGACAGGGAUGGAGGGGUGGUCAUUACGUCCGUCGCUUAA